AUGACCACAUCUCCAUCCUCCUCAGCUCUGCCACUGCACCCGAUCUUCAGGCCAGCGGCUCACCCCAUCCCUCCCCCAGGCCAGCCCCUGGCUUCAAGCAGCACAGUCCCUCUCUUUGCUAUUCUAGCUGACAGUUCUUGCAAAGCUCUCAGUGUUGUCAGUAUGACCAGUCUUCAAGGCCCUGCUGCAACUACACAUGCCCUGGUGUCCAGCUUCUCUGAAGUCUGUGCAUUUCUAAUGACCUUCAUAUCAAAUGUUCUUAGUGAAGACUGUGUCAUUCUAACUUGUCAGGAUUUACAGCAUGAAAGUUAUGUCUCAGCUUCUGCAGAUGUCUUAUCUGUCUGA